AUGAACAAUGGAUAUACUCGAGAGUCAAAACAUCGCAUCGCAGUAUUAGAGGAAGAGGACGUCGAAACAUUUGUCGCUUUCUGUGAAUAUGCAUACACAGGUGAUUAUAAUGUGCCUCAACUACCAGCUCAUAGAGAGGAAGAAAGGAUAAGAGUUGCCAUUGCCGAAACUGCAACAAGCCCUGCAAAGUCCUGGAGAGGACUUCAUCGCUCUGACUCUAUGUCCUCGGGUGUACCCCCUCCGGCGCCAUCUCCACCUCCCGAGUCUGUCGCAUCCGUUAGCCAGACUGUGAAACCACAGAAUGAACCCGAGCCUGUAAUCGAAGAGGAGCCAACGGCAGAUGCAACGGCCGUAAAAGAGGAAGAAACUGUCUCUCAGGAAAAAGAGGAAACCCAAGUCGAGCAUGAGUCACAAAAUACGCCAGAAGAACCGGUCGCAUCUCUCCAGACUGAAAUAGAGCUGGAGGACGCUGCGCAGGAGCCUGGUAUGAAUGCAGGUCCAGUUAAUGAAGCCGACGAACUGGAAGAUCAGAGUCCUGCGGAGAAAAAGAAGACAAAAAAGCUUUCAAAGAAAAAGAAGAAGCAUGCUUCCAAACCAUCGACAGAGGAGGCAGUUGUGAAUUUGACACCGCCAUCGACACCGCCCCCCGAGGCCCCAAUGGAAGUGAAUGAAGCUCCUGGGGAAGCAUCGACCCCCGAGCAAGCCUUUGAGGAGCCAGUUGGAAGUGGGGAGGCGAGUUGGUGGGAAGAGCCUACAGCAGCAGAGCCAGAGACGACCGAAACCCACGAGCCAUAUGAAGCCGAAGCUCAAACCGAAACCGGGCCUGAACCAGCGCCUGAUUCCGAGCAGGUGAGAAAAGCUGAGAUCUCCGUGGAGGAGUGGACAGAGCCAGCAGAAGAUCAACCAGCGGAGGAUACUCUUCAACAAGAUCAAUGGCACGAGAGUAAUGGCGAAACGGAAACGGAAAAAGAACCGAAACAAGCCCCUCCGACACCAUUCAUUGAUAUGUCUUUCGCCAAACAAUCCCAGUCCGACUCCUCGCCUCGCACCCCCGGCUUGAGUCUAUGGGAUGAAUUUGCUGGACUCCAAUACGAAGACGAAAAGCAAGACUCAAACCAAAACACCCCCAGUUCCUCAACCUCAGACCUUCCCUAUCUCACCUUCCAUGCCAAAGUGUACGUGUUUGCUACACGUUACCUCAUCCCAGCACUGGCACAGCUUUGUCUAAGAAAGCUCCACCGGGAUCUUCUGAGUCUUGCAUUAGAGGAUGCGGAUACCAUGAACUCAAUGAUGGAUUCCCAAGUAUUCGACAACAUGACUGCACUUCAGAUCCCGAUGGUUCUGGAUUUGUUGCGGUACGCCUACACAAAGACAACAAGAUUAGAACCGAUCUCACCUACCUCUGCCACACAGCUUCGGGAGAAUGAGCUUCGACGAUUGAUCGCUCAUUAUGCCGCCUGCAAGGUGAAGGAGUUGGCGCGUUAUCACUUGCCUGGAGACAGUGGAGCAGCCACUCCCGCCGUUCGACCGACAGCUGCCAAAGGACAUCGGAUUGAGGCUACACCCCCUAAAAGCCUUCGAUCAUUACUAGACAUGACCCCAGAGCUGGCCUCUGAUCUUGUCUACCGAAUGAUGUAA